AAAUGAUGUGUUAUUAAAUUAUUAUUUCCUAUAUGUUUUUUCUUAAUUAUGUCAAUUUUUAAGAAUGUAUUGACUAGUGUGUUCAAUAUCGACGAUCUUUUAAAUUGGUUUACACUUCCCACAGUGGAUGCUGCAGUUUUCAAGGAAACAGUGCCAUGUCGUCGUUCCGAUGGGUCUCUAGGUGAAAUGAUAGUCUGUAAAGAUGAAUUGGGUCGAAGAAUUGAUUGUCCUUGUGAAGAUGACGACGAAGACAGAGAAUUCCAAGAAGAACACUUUUCAUCCCAAAAAUUAUUAUGUUGUCCGGAAAUGGCUCCCCCAUACUAUGCUGAUCUGGGAAAGAAGUCCAGUGAUGUUUUCUCAAAGGGUUACCAUUUUGGAGUGUUCAAACUCGAUCUGAAGACCAAGAGUGAGUCAGGUGUUGAGUUCAGCAGUGGCAUCACCUCUAACCAAGAAAGUGGAAAGGUUUUCGGCAGCCUUUCAUCGAAAUAUGCGGUAAAAGACUACGGUCUGACGUUCACAGAGAAGUGGAACACAGACAACACCCUUGCCACAGACAUCACCAUCCAGGAUAAGAUUGCCGCUGGACUCAAGGUCACGCUUGAGGGCACUUUUGCACCACAGACCGGAAGCAAGACUGGUAAACUCAAGACAUCAUUUGCAAAUGAAACAGUAGCCGUCAACACUAACUUAGACCUUGACCUGGCGGGACCUAUUGUGGAUGUAGCGGCGGUGUUGAAGUACCAGGGCUGGCUGGCCGGAGCACACACACAGUUUGACACACAGAAGGCAAAGUUCGCCAAGAACAACUUUGCCUUUGGCUACCAGACCAAUGACUUUGCCCUCCACACCAAUGUUGACAACGGCAAGGAGUUCGGUGGCUCCAUCUACCAGAAGGUGUCGGACAAGCUGGAGUGCGGCGUGAGCAUGAAGUGGACGUCGGGCUCGGCGGACACGCUAUUCGGCGUGGGCGCCAAGUUCGCGCUGGACGACGACGCGUCGCUGCACGCCAAGCUCAACAACAAGUCGCUCGUCGGCCUGGGCUACCAGCAGAAGCUGCGUCCAGGCGUUACCUUGACCCUGUCCGCGGCCAUCGACGGGCAGAACUUCAACGCCGGCGGCCACAAAGUGGGCGUCGCCCUAGAGCUCGAGCCCUAGGCAUUUACUUAGUCGCCGGCUUAUAGAUAUGUAGAUAAUAUAUAACACCACAUUAACUGUUAUAUUGUGAAAGCGUAUGUAUCACAUAAAAUCAUACUUUCCAAGUGUCUCUUACUAUGCAGUAUUUUGUCCGUCUAACGCGACCUUAAUUCUUUUAACGUGACUUGUUCGGUGCAAAUGCACCUAUUAAGCGCAGUUCACUGUUCUGGGUUAUUUUAAAAAUACCCCCAUUUGACAAAAUAAAAAUCGAUGACUUGACUUGCAAACUUGGCUAAGCCAGUACAAGUAUUUUUUAGAACAUAAAGAUGAAACUGAAAAGUUAGUUUAAGAAAAUAGUUAUAGCCAGGAAAUGAGUCACAGAAAGUUAGUCAUUAAUUUCUGGGAACAUUUUGGGGGUAUUUUCCAAAUCACUUUCCAUCAGGAAGCAGCGCUUUUCUUAAUCGUAACGUUGCCUUGUACAUGUUCGAAGCACGCGCGCCUGUCACCAUUUGUUGCGACUUUUAUUUAAACAACUAAUUUACUACCUAUCCGUAUCAUCUUGUAAAUAAUACACCUACGGUGUGUAUACUAUUGAUUGAUUGAGAAUUAAAUGAAUAGUCUGUUGGAAUCAAUAUCAUA